CGCACGCGCAGGGGCAGGGGCGCGCGCCGAGCGGGGGGCGCCGUGCGGGUGCAGCACGAUGGAAGGGGGUGCGUACGGAGCCGGCAAAGCCGGGGGCGCCUUCGACCCCCACGCGCUGCUCCGGCAGCCGCACACCAUCCUGCGCUUCGUGUCCUGGGUUUUUGCCAUCGUGGUGUUCGGCUCCAUCGUGAACGAGGGUUACCUCAACAGCAACCAGGAGGGCGAGGAGUUCUGCAUCUACAACCGCAACCCCAGCGCCUGCAGCUACGGCGUGACGGUGGGCGUGCUGGCCUUCCUCACCUGCCUGCUCUACCUGGCGCUGGACGUCUACUUCCCGCAGAUCAGCAGCGUCAAGGACCGCAAGAAGGCCGUCCUGUCGGACAUCGGCGUAUCGGCCUUCUGGGCCUUCUUCUGGUUCGUGGGCUUCUGCUUCCUGGCCAACCAGUGGCAGGUCUCCAAGCCCGAGGACAACCCGCUCAACGAGGGCACUGACGCCGCCCGGGCUGCCAUCGCCUUCUCCUUCUUCUCCAUCUUCACCUGGGCGGGCCAGGCCGUGCUGGCCUUCCAGCGGUACCAGAUCGGCGCCGACUCGGCCCUCUUCUCCCAGGACUACAUGGACCCGAGCCAGGACCCCAGCAUGCCUUACGCGCCCUACGUGGAGCCUAGCGCGGGGCCGGAGCCCGCCGGCAUGGGCAGCACCUACCAGCAGCCGGCCUUUGACGCCGAGCCACAGGGCUACCAGUCCCAGGGCUACUGAGCGCCCCUGCCCGCCCGCCCCGGCAGCCCCGUGGUGCUGGGGGGCCGCGGGAGGGAGCGGGCAGCUCCCUGUGUGUGUGUGCGCGCGCGAGUGUGUCCGGCCGGGCCCCUGGGGUGUGUGCGUCCCCUCGGUGUGUUGGGGCUGUCCUGGGGGGCCCCCCGGGUUGAGAGCAAAGUGCGUGUGGGGGGGGGCAGCGGCUGCCCUGGGGUGGCCAGAGCCAGGCGGGGUGACUGUGGGCGUGGGUGGGGGCGCCCCCUGCUGGACUCACUGCGCCCCUCUAGGGUCCCGAUGGGUGGCCCACGGGCCAGGGACGGGCUGUGGGCCUGGCUGCAGGGGACACUGGCCCUCGUUUCCUGUCCUCAUGCGCCCCCUCGCUCCCCUGGCCCUCCAUGGCCAUCGCUCCGGGAGGCUGGGCUGGGGGGCGUUCAGCCCACAGGACCCCCCCGGACUCUGCUGCAAACCUGUCAGCCCGGGCCCCCCACCUCCAUCUGCUCCCUCUCCUGCUGCUCGUGGCCCCCGCCCCGCCCGGCCUCGGGAGGGGCGCCCCACCCAGGGACGCAGGGGCAGGACCAGGCUUGCUGUCCAGGGCCAGCCAGGGCUGGGGGUGGAGCAGCCCCUGAGACCUUCCACGGGCAGAGCAGAGAGCUGGGGGGCUCCGCAUCAGACAAAGCCCCCCGUGAGCUGUGCGGUGGGUGGACUCAGUAUCCCCCCGGGGCGGCUCUGGGGGUGCAGCUGGGCCCCCCUCCAGGUGUAGGAGGGCUGUGAAGGCCGCAGAGUUGGGCCUUGUCCUGCGCUGUCCGAACGGGGAGGGGCACAGGAGCAGAUGUGGGGUCCCCUCGCCAGCACCCCGGGACCUGCCGAGUGCCAGGAAGGAGGGUCCGAGUGCCCGCAGUCGGGAGCCACGGAAGUGUGGGCCAGUGUGACCCGCUGCCCCCCAGGUCCGUCUCGGGCCCAGAGCUGGGGGGGCGGCCGUGACUGCUCAGGGAGGGGUGUGGGGUGCUCACAGGUGGGGACGCGAGGGAAGGGACACUGGGAGUCCCGGGGGGCGGUGCCGGGGCGGGAAGUGGGUGGGAAUGCGGGGACCCCAGAGGGCAGAGGGGAGUGGACAGCCGCGGUGGAGCCCGGGCGCUGCCCAGCCGCCCCUGGACGUGAGCGGCUACUCCAGCGCCCCAGACCCCCACAGGGUGGGGGGCCAGGUCCAGGGUGGGGGCGCUGAUCUGAGCGAGACCCCGUCUCUGAUGCUGCCCCACCCUCACUGGCCCCGCCCCGCUCCGGUCCCGCCCGUCCCCUGGCCCCGCCCCUCCCCAUCCCAAGCCUGUCUUAAGAGAAGGCGGGGUGCGCCCCUCCUGCAGAAUCCGGGCUCCCUCCUCCCACCAAGCGCAGAGGGUUCCUGGGAGGUCGGGAUCCGCGCAGGGCUCCAGCUGCAGGGCCUGCGGGAACAAGCGGCAAGCGGGGGGAGCAGGGGCCCUGGGGCCCGGUGACACUUGUGACGGCCACUUCCCCCUCCCCCCCUCCCAGUGAUUCUGGAUUUUCACCGAUUCUGGGGGUCCCAGGCUCCCUCCAUGUAACCAAGAGCCCCAGUUGGUCCCCCUCAGGGCCCCCCCACCCCCUCUUGGCCCACCCCCCUUUAGAUUGUCAAAGGGACAACACCCCCCCCUUAGGGCGGACAGGCGGUCCGGCCCGUCCCUGCCCUGCGUUGAUAAGACGUCACCCCCUCGUCCUGGCCCAGGCGCCCCUGCCCCGCAGCGUUACUGCCUGUGUAUAGUAUAAAUAUAUAUAUUUUCUAUAUAUAAGAUGUAUAAUAUAAGGCUCCAUAAAUAUAUCUGUGUGUGUGUGUGUGCAGUGAAUGGCCGGCCCCGUCCCAGGCCCCACUCGGGACCCCCUGGCCCCCGGGCGAGUCUCUCGAGAGGGAGCCCCGUGGCCCCGUGGCACCCUCCGUACGACAUCCGUCCAUUUGUGGUGAACCAAAGUGAAGGUGGUGACACGUAAUAAAAUGACGACUAACCCCACGGCA